AUGCCUCCGUAUCACCCCGUAAAACUACACACCCUGCCAACCACCAGCACAAAGAAGCUCGAGAUUCACCUGUGGCUCAGCAACAACGGGAUUGCAUCGGACAUGUCCAUGCUGAAGGUGGAGCUCCUGAACCUUGUCAGCAAAGCGAAGGCUGUAAGACCCGAGCUGGAAAAGUACCGCAUUGAUACGAUAUCGGAGCACCACGGCCACAGCGUCCUCUGUUUGCCUCCCUAUCACUGUGAACUUAAUCCAAUUGAGUUGGUAUGGAGCCAAGUGAAAGGAGAGGUUGCAAGCAAGAACCAAUCGUUCAAGAUUGCGGAGGUGGAGAAGCUGACUACGACUGCCUUGCAAAAUGUGAGCCCCGAAACCUGGGAAAGCUAUGUGAAACACGCCAUUCAAGUUGAAGAACAGAUGUGGGAAGCAGAUGGCCUUGUUGACACUGUCCUCAACAGUAUUGUAAUCGACACAAAUGGGGACUCUGACACUGAUACAUGUGAUGAAGAUGAGUAG